UCUAAAUGAAAGUAGCUUGAAGACCCAAAAUGUCUCUGACCAGACAUAGGUCCGCAGUCGUGGAUGGACCACAGCUGGGCAACUGCGUCUUCAGCCACCUCGAAGCUUGUUCCAAAACCUUGCUCAGCCCUGUCUUGGAUGCAAACCGAAGUCACAGCCUGGCAGGUGCAUUGGCCACACUGCCGCGAGGACACAAGCAGCUUGGCAAGUCAAGAUCAAACUCUCUAAUAGACUCUACGGGAACAGAACCACAUAGGAGAAUAGUGGUUAUUGCAAAACAGGAUAAUGAGCCAUUUGGAUUUGAAAUUCAGACGUACAAAUUGCAGUAUGAAUUUGGUUCCGAGAUGAAGACCUACGUGUGCAAAGUCCAUGAAAACAGUCCAUCCAGUAAAGCUGGUUUGAAAGCAGGUGACAUGCUGACCAAUGUCAAUGGAGUGAACACGGAAGGCUUCUGUCACCAGCAGACUGUUGAGCUUAUGCGAUCCUCAGGAAACUUCCUCAGAAUUGAAACAGAAAUUAGUACAGAUAUCAGACGAUCAGAACUCCAAGCAAGGCUGAUGCUAUUAAAGCAAGAUUUCCGGGCAAAAUACAAAGAGCUCCAGACCAUCUUAAGAAAAGAGCAUCAGCUGCUUUAUGGGACAGUGAAUGAGCACAAAAUUCGAGAAGAGUUGAAGAGCCUUCAUUCCAAGAUGUCUGAGAGAUCCACACCUGGUUCCUUCUUGAAUAAAUACCGGAUGUCCAGUUCAAGCAGCACCAAGAGCUUCGCUGGCUCCAUAACGCUUAGCGAGGACGGUUUGGGGUCUAUGUCUGAGUACGAGGAGGAUUCGGGAACGGAAGCUUUCAGUCGGCAGUCUAGUAUUGAAGAAGACUAUUUCAUCUUAAAGUUCAAUGGGCUCUCAUUAAGAAAGUCUUCGUUAGCACGCCAUAGGAGCAUUAGCAUAACGAGCAGCGAAAGUGAGCCGAUGUCACCAAACUGGGACACUCUAAGCCUCUCCAAUUUUUUUGGGACAUUGCCUCGAAAAGCCAGACGAGGAAGCAUCAGAAAACAUUUCCUGAGGUUCAUCCCGGGUCUCCAGAGAUCGGUGGAAGAGGAAGAAUCUCCUUUGUGAUUCUUGUGUA